CAGACUGAAGCCACCUCUAUUUGUUAUUUCUUUAUUCCAUCCUUCAUUUUGCAUCUUGUUUAAACUGUGUCAGUGAAAAUGGUGAGCUGUGGAAACCUGCUGAAGAGCGUGCUGGUUGCCGUUGUCUUGGCGACUCUGGCUGGAUCAGGAUCAGCACAAUGGAAGCACUCAGACUGCUGCAAGGAAGUCAGCAGUAAGGAGAUAACGGAGCCGAUCAUAGGAUAUGAGCUCCGGAAAGGCAAUCCUCCAUGCGUCCCAGCCGUCAUCUUCCUGACAGAGAAAGGCCACUAUUGCACCUACAUCAAAGCUCCAUGGGUCAUGGAUAAGGUCACUGAGCUCAAAGGGAAACUGGAAGCAAGUGCCAGAGCUGCCUCCAAAUCUUCAACUCUGCUCUCCAUCAUCACAUCCACCUCCUCUCCUCCUUCCUAGUCCUCUCCUACAUCCUUCGCCUCCACAUCCCAGAAUCCUCUUGGGGAAUCCUCAUCAGAUCGGACCGACGAAUAGAACGCCCUCCUCUCUGUCGCCAGCCAGCGAACUCCAGGACGGAGUUUUGUCAGCAAGAAAAAAAAGAGUUGUU